AUUCGCGCGAGUGCAAUCGUUUCGCAAAUGACGAUCCAAAACAUUUUAAUAUAAAACAAAACAAAUAAUUUUGUACUUCUCUAAAACAGUCGAAUUAAUGUAAUUUUGUACAUGUACGAGUAUUCAAGUUUUCAGUUGAGCAAUGCAGCGAUAUCAGUUAAAUUUAAGUGAUUUCUUUACUGAUCAUCGACAAAAAGUGUUUGUCGGCAAACGCGAUAAAUGGAAGCGAAUUUCUUGUCUAACGAAACAUGUUAGGUGCGUUUUUGGAUUGAAUCAAAUUUUUAUUACUAAUGACGAUGGAGUAUUAUUUAUGGAGGAAGAUAAUUUGGACGUGAUACGAGAAAGUGAUUUAUUAAGGGUACAUCCUUCGAACAGUUCGAAAGUCGCUCAGCAAAUUUGCGCGCCUGGACGAGCGCUGGUGGCGCCAGGCGAUAAUGAGUCACGUGUUUCCGAUGUAAAACAAAAUGGAAAGCGGGUAUCGGAUGCUAAAGAAAAUAACGUCAUCAAACAUAUGCAAUCAAGUUCCGAUUCCGAGAGCGAUGACGAUGAUGAUAAUGCUUUGCCUAAAAUUUUCCUUGAACUAGAAUCCGUAACCAGAAAAGAUGGUACCGUCGAUGACAUUCCGACCCCCAAGAGAAAGCGAAUUCGCAAAAGAAAAUCAAAAAAGAAAAAGGAGGACUCUCCACAGAAAGUUGUAGUUAAAACCUACGGAAAGGGUAAAGUUCCUUCUAUCAUACAGGAAAACGGAGCUGCUCCCAAUCACAUUCGAUUUAGUAAAGAUGACUCUCAUGAAGAUAAUGGUGAUAAUCCGGCUAAAGAUGAGCCGUACCGUAAUCUUAAUAAAACAACGAUUGCUCGAGUUGUAAAAGCUGCCUUACAGCAUUCAGACCCUAUAAUUCUGAACGAUGAAACCCCUCCUAUCCCAGAUUACGUAGAUGAUGUCAACAUGGACGACACCGUGAUCAAUUCCCAUCGUAAAUUGAAAACUCGCAAGCCGAAAAAACAGCUAGAAGUAAAACAGGAACUUAUAGAUACCAACACAAAGCGUGCUGCUUCUCCCACGUGGGACACCGAGUUGGACGAGGCAAAGGAAAAGUUCCUGUCCGAGUACACCGGCGAAGAGUUCUGGUUGACCCUUCGGGAGGCACUGGACAAUUUUCCCGCUAUUAGUAUCCCAAGCACGAAUGACGUUAUUGCCUACAGCGUCAGUUCGGAACAUGAUCAGACAUCUUAUCUGGCGUUUGUGGAGCGUGCUAUCGACGGUGAUAGCGAUGCCAGCCCGGCACUGAAAUUGUCGCUCCGCAGACUGAACACAACGCCGUCAAAUGGUGCGUCGAUAAUGUACACGUUGGAUCAGCUCACGGGAAUCAGGCUCGUUGCAACUUAUCAGCCGUAAACGAUGGCAGGUAAGUGUAGUGUGGUUGAAGAUUGAAAAGAAUCAAACAAUGCUCUGAACAGGUGAGACAUUCAAUAAAACUCGUAAGUACGUAGACUUAUGCAUGA